AUGAAGAUUUUACCAUACAAGAAGUUUGAUAAUAGUAUGGACAUUGCAGUCAAACAAUGGAAGCAUUGCAAGGAAUUGAUUAAGGACAUUAAAACUAAACAGGAUCGAUACGUCACAAAGUACAAGAAAGAGAUGUACAACUUAAAACCUCGUGAUUUAGUUAUGCAAUUAGAAGAGAGUGAUCUUCCAAAAUUAUUCCAACAUGAACAGAACAUCGUCCAUCAAUAUAAAACUAUUAUAUCUUUGAAAGAGUCACUUACAGAAAAGGAUGCAGUAAUUCACAUGGACUUCUCGGAAAACUACACAACUAAAUGCAACCAAGAAAUUCAGUCGUAUCAUUUUGGCGGCUCCAGGACUCAAAUUUCUUUGCAUACAGUGGUGGUUUACACAAAGGAUAAAGUAACAUCUCAUUGCACUGUGUCGUUAAAUUUAUCUCACAACGCUGGAGCCAUUUGGGCACAUUUACAGCCUGUCCUCAUAGGAUUGCCACCCUCUGUAGAAAACCUGCAUUUUUUGAGUGACGGUCCUGUAACCCAAUAUCGAAAUAAAACAAUGUUUUAUAUUUUGGGUUGCAGAAUCAAGGAUUUAUAUCCACUGGCUAUGAAAUACACGUGGAAUUUCCAUGAGGCGGGACAUGGGAAAGGGGCACCAGAUGGAAUCGGAGCUACAUGCAAACGUACUGCAGAUCAACUCAUAGCUCAGAGAGGUGACAUUACAAACUUGUACGACUUUGUAGCUGUGCUUCGAGAAGGGUGUCCAAAUAUACAGAUCUCUGUUAUCGAAGAUGUUGACAUAGAAAAAGUUAACAAAAUGAUCAAGAAACAUGAGAAAGAGCAGAAACCGUUUAAAGGAACUCUCUUAGUGCAUCAAGUCUCGGAUCAUAUUUAUAACCCUAAUAAACUUGUAUUGAAGUCACUAAGUUACUUCUGUGAUAAUGUUGGUUGUAAUCAUUAUAACUUGGGGACUAUAACGUACCAAAAGAACACACAGCGGCUUCAAGUUUCAGAUAUUUCCACGGAUUCUGAAGAUGAUAUGCCGUUAGCAAGUAUGAGGCACAUUGCGCAAGAAAAGUCUAAAACGAGCUAUGGCAGUGGAGAUUAUGUUCUAGUUAAGUUAAUAAUGAGGGAAAAAGAAUACCGAUACGCCGCAAUUUGCUCAAAAUAUGAUGAUGAAGAUGGAGAGCUGACAGUUACAUUCCUUAAAGUUUGCAAUGAAGAUGGCACAGAAUUUAAAAUAAAUGAUGAUAUCGCCGACGUGCCUUACGAAGACGUUAUGGAAAAACUGCCAGUUCCAAAUCUAAUCGUCAAGAGAAAUACUGUAUUUUACAAAUUUAAAAAACCCGUUAAUGUUUACGAGAAGUGAUAAAUAGUGAUAAAAAUAAAUACGAGGUACUAGGUAGUUUAAGUUUGAAAUAUUUGUGAUCUUAUAAUAAUUAAUGAAAGUCUGAAUAUUGUGUUCAAAUUAUAAUUUAGUUACUUAGAACUUUAGAAGGCUGAUUAUAUAAAAUAAUUGUUAAUUACUUGAGGACUAUUAGUAUUAAACUCAAAGUACAAUUUGAUUGUUAGAAAUAUUGAUACAUUAUUUUAAUGUGCAUAAUAAAUAAUAUAAAUUCUGUGAUUAUAGUUCAUAGAAUUUGUGAACUUAAGAGAUAAUUUGUUGUUUCAGUUGAUUUUGCACUAAAAAUGUUUGACAUAAUAACCGUGUUUGGCGUCAGUCCCUAUCACGUCUCGUCAGUCCCUAGAACACUGAUUUUAAAAAAUCAUAAAUAUCUCUAAAAAUAGCAAGUAAAGUGACUGGCCCUUUUAGAUGCAGCAAAGUAGAUGUUAUACCCACAGCAUAGAAUAUAAACUGUUCUGAUUUUUAACUAAAAACACCACUUUCAAAAUUACGUCAGAAGUUAACCAAAUUUCAGAUAACCACCCAU